UGUAAUCCUGCAUGCUCUCUGUUCAUUUGCAUUCAUGAGCAUUAAGAUCUGCUCAUCCACAGUCUGCUGUUAAAACAAACCGCAUGAGUGUGUUGGUACACAGCACAUCCUGUGGAUUUAUUGUCAUUACAGCUGGACUCUGGUAACUCUGGCUGUUAUGCUGAGCUCUGAGCUUUCUGUGGUUGUCCGUCUGCAAGUCUCUUUACCACAGUGCUAUGGCAAGUUCUUUCUGGGAAUUCGCGAUGCUGAGCUUGUGCUUUCUGCAAGAGUUUCCAUUUUCGUCUUAAAAAUACUGAAAUACCUUGAUGGCAUUGUCCUAUUUGGAAAAAGCUUAUGGCAUGGAGGCUGUUUUGCUGGAAAAAAUGAGCUCUAGGAUUUAUAACCUACUUUAGUCACUAGAUGUUUCUAUAAAUACGUAGAGUGCAGUGAAGAUAGUUUUGGGCUGUUUUAUGCAAACUGGCCUGUCGUGCCGUGCUGUAAGUUUUUCCUGACCCUCUGUUUCCAUGGCCCCCUCAUGUGGCCGCUCUUCACUGCCUAUAGCACGAGCUAUCUCCGCCUAUGAAAACACGGCGCGUGAUUGGCUGAUCCUGCAGAUGCACAGGAAGUUCAGGGUUUCUAAUAACCACCCAGAGACACAGUUACCAUAGAGACAAAGAUAAGCCCCCUUACUAAAAAAAAGGAAAAAAGCCUGCAUGUCAUCACAGCAGCCUGCAGAAAGCGUCUGCUCUCUCUCUCUCUCUCUCUCUCUCUCUCUCUCACUCUUCUGCCAGUUCUCCUAUUAGCAGCUGCUCAAACAGUACAGCCCUUACCUUAUGAAGGUUGCCUUCUCUCACCGCUCUUCAAAUGCACACUGCACUUAACGAGCCUUGGUCUAAAUGGGUCCGGUUAUGCCUCCCAGUAAGAAGCCGGGAAGUUCCGGGGUCAGCGUCGCGAGCGGCCUGAGCCAGUUCUAUCAGGCGAGCUCCAUCACCCGUGCCCUGCAGGAGGCCGAGGAGAUGGACCUGGCUCUUCCCACCAUCAAAUUGGAGAAGGGCAGCAUGGAGGACGAGGAACUCACCAACCUCAACUGGCUCCACGAGAGCAAGAACCUGCUCAACAGCUUCGGUGACCCUGUGCUGAGGAGCGUCAGCCCCGUCCAGGACUUGGACGAUGACACCCCGCCCUCCCCGGCCCACUCGGACGUCCCUUACGAUGCCAAGCAGAACCCUAACUGCAAACCCCCUUAUUCCUUCAGCUGCCUCAUCUUCAUGGCCAUAGAAGAUGCCCCCUCCAAGAGACUGCCAGUUAAAGACAUAUACAACUGGAUCCUGGAACACUUCCCUUACUUUGCAAACGCCCCCACGGGGUGGAAGAACUCAGUCAGGCACAAUCUGUCCCUCAAUAAGUGUUUUAAGAAAGUGGACAAGGACAGGAGUCAGAGUAUCGGGAAGGGCUCCCUGUGGUGCAUAGACCCAGAAUACAGACAGAAUCUCAUCCAGGCGCUGAAGAAGACGCCUUAUCAUCCUUAUUCCCAGGUGUUCACCACGCCUCCCACCUCUCCUCAGGCAUAUCAAAGUAUGUCCAGUCCUCCAAUUUGGCCAGGAAGUCCCUUUUACAGAAAAAACAAGGGAGUCCUGCUUCAAGUCCCUCAGGGAGUGAUUCAGAACGGAGCUCGAAUGAUGAGUCAGGGCCUCUUCCCAGGAAUCCGACCUCUUCCCAUCAACCCCAUUGUCAGCAGGACAGCCGCUGUCAGGUCAGUACUCGGAUACAGAAUAACCAGUGAUGGCGAGCCAACCUGUAACUCUCCACUGGUCAACAGCGACCCCAAGGAGGACCACACCUACAGUUUUGCCAAAUCUUCCGGCUCGGAUGUUGAAGAAGAGUCUCACUGCGAUGGAAGCGAGGUGAGCUUCCACGUCAACGAUGCCAGCAGCGAUGCCGAGGAGGAUGACAAGAGCAAAAUCAAGAAGGAGCCCAAGGAGUGGUCCGUGGAUGCCCUCGCUCUGGCUCAGCACAAGAAACGGCAACAUUUGACAAAAGUCAAACAGAGAGUGGCCAGUGACACUCUUCCUCUAAAAAAGAGGCGCACGGAGAAGCCUCCGGAAAGUGACGACGAGGAGAUGAAGGAGGCCGCCGGAUCCUUGCUUCAUUUGGCGGGAGUCAGGGCCUGUUUGAACAAUAUCACCAACCGGACGGCAAAGGGGCAGAAAGAGCAAAAAUAAUGAACUGACUGUAUUAUAAAGAGAAGAAAAAAAACAUCACUUUGAAUAGAAUUUACUAUUUUUUUCCAGGACAUCAGGUGAAUUCUACUGAUUUGUGGCAAUAUCAACAAUCACUUUGUUUUCCUAUCUUUAUAGGUAACAUUUUACUGAGGGUUCCUUGUUUUAGUUCACUUUUAGUUCAUUUUAUUGUGAUUUCUUUUUUAAUCUACGGAGAUUAAAGCCAUAGCCUUCCUUUUUUUAAGAUAUUCUGUAAAACAUUUCAUUCGACUGAGAAAAAAGUGAUAGUAAAAAUUGUCCUGCCCCAUUGUCAUAGUUAAAGGGACAGCUCACUCCAAAAUUAAAAUUCUGUCAUUUACUCACCCUCAUUUCAUUUCAAAUCCAUAAGACUUUCCUUCAUCUCUUGAACACAGUUUUGUUUUACACAAAUGAAAUUCAAUCAAAUCUGAAAGAUUUCUGUCCCUCCACUGAAAGUCUAUUCAACCAAAACUCUGACAUUUUAAAACGUUCAUAAAGAGAUAAUAAUAAACACAAAACAAAUCCACAUAAAUUGAGUGGUUUAUUCCAAGUCUUGCUUUAUAUGAUGAACAGAUUUAAUUUUGGCUUUUAUUCACAUACAAACAUUAAGCAAACCGUGUUUAUAAGAUUCAGAUUUGGUCACAAAAGGUCAGAGUCUUGGCUGAAAAGACUUUCAAUUGGACAGAAAUCACUCACAUUUCAUUAAAAAUAUCUUCAUUUGUGUUCCACAGAUGAGUCUUUGUGUUUGGAACGGCAUAAGGGUGAAUAAAUGAUGACGGAAUUUGAAUUUUGGGGAGAACUAAUCCUUUAAAAACAUGACAACAAAUUGUGUUCUGCAGCACGUUCUGCAGUAGUUCUCGAGUUAGUGAUAAUUAUGGGUUAUAGUAAUCUCUGCUGUAAUAUAAGAUGUUUUAGAAGCACAGGGCAGUGCCAAAGACAAUCCUCAAGCAGUUUCUGUGAUGUCACUUCCCCUUGAUGCUCUGGUCGUUAAAGCAUUGUGUGGAAAACACUCAUAGUUGUUCUUUUGGCUCGUAUGAAUCAUAGUUCACUGGGAUGAGAGUAAAGCCAUAAGCUUUUGUCAUAGUGUUUUUGGAGUCAAAAGUGAUACAUUUACCAAUAAGUCUUUAAAACUGCCCACGUUUUUUCCUAAGCAAUCAAAUUGAGUGAUAUUUUCCAUCUAAACCGAUAGUGGAUGGUGAUACUCUUUCUUCAGCACAAUGAAAAUGAAAACUCGGAGCUAAAGCUACAAUACCUGCCAAUUUUAUUUUAAUAGCAGAAAAUAAUGACUGUGGAGUUGUUUUGUGUUUGUUCAUUUGUUUACGUUUUUUUUUUUUGAAACCCUCGUGAUGUAAUAAGCAAUUUCAUCCAGUCAGGAUAAACACUGUAUAAAAUGAACACUAGACCAUUUCCUUUCUUAAUUUAAGCAAUGUAGCCAGCAGGAUUUUCCAAAUCGUGUUGCAUGGGUUCUGUAAAGACAAAAGAAGACCGUUUUUAAAAAAAAAACAAAGUUCAUGUAAGGUAAAUAAUGUAUUUAGCAUGGAGCAUGAAUUAUUUUCAUAUAUAAAUAUGCCAAUAGGCCUAGUCUCUUUAGUUGUUUUUGUCGGAUUUAAUUUCCAUUUGUCGUCCUCAUCUCCUUUGUGUUGAAGCAGGCAUCUUUGACAAUUAACUUCUUCAGGGACAAACACUGACUGUUGGGAAACUCUCUCUGCAAUACGAGGACUGGGGCUCGGGCCGUCUAGGUCCACGCUAGCAGCCGCCCCGAAUACCCACAAAUACCUGCUACGUCAAUGUCCGUGUCAUCAAGGAGAAGUUCGUAGUGAGUGUCGGUCCACUUCCGGCUUCAUGCCUGCUUUACUUCCAUAUGUAAUCCAGAUGUGCAUGUCUGUGAUUUAUUCAGGGUCUUCCAUUUUGUUCCACAAGACUUUGGAUCUGCAUUUUUUUGUUGUUCAUUUUAUUCUUGUAUUUACAUGUAGCAUUGUUCAGGAGUCAUCAGUAUUGAUUCAGUUGGUCUCAGUACAGGCAGUCAGACGUUACUUACGCCUCCACGCAUAUAUAUUUAAGCACUUAUAGACAAUAAAAACAAGUGAUACCAGAGCUCAGUGCAAACGUUUGUGUAUAUAUUUUCACAACCUCACCGAAUUGCACUUUUAUUGUUUUAACGUAUAGUAAAGAACUUAAGGAUUCAGUGCCAAAGCCUGUAAUGACUCUACACCAGAGAUGGGCACUUGAGUUAGUGACUUGGACUCAAGUCGCAUUUUUAAUAGACUUCAGACUUGACUUGACUUCAGUUCAGACUCGACCUGAAAUGACUCCUGACUUGACUCGAGGAAAAGGACUCGUGAAAAUUUUAAAAGCAACUCCGCACCCCGGCAUCCAUUCGGACCGUGAGCCGUAACAGCAGCACUAUUUUAAGCGAGCAGCAUGUGAGAAGCGGAUCACAUAACAAAUGCUCAGGGUUGUUUAUGGUAAAUAUAUUUUUAGCGCUAUAUACUCUAGUAUUUUUAUCUAAAGCCAAACGCGCUUUAUUCAAGCCCUUUCAGCUAAGUGCGCCUUCUCUCUCUCUCCAAGUUUAAGAGCUGCGGAUGACGUGGUUAUUUUAACAACAACAGAAACACGGUGAACACCAAACUUAUAGUUUAUUUUCACUAAAACACAACAGAAAACAACAAUGCUGCAAAUAUAGUUAUUUUUCUUACUAUCUAUCAGAUGUGAUUUAGCAAUAUUAAUCUGUAGGCUAAGAACAUUUCAAAAGAAUGUAGCCUAAUUAUAAUUGGGAAAAUUGUUGUUAGAAGGCUAGCAUAGAUUUUAAACUUGUAACUGCUAGUCACCGUCUUUUUUACUCAAGAUGAGAACGUUCUGAUUAUUGUAGCUACUGUACAUUGUUUUUAGUAGAUAAUGCUUUUAAGUAAAAUAUUAAAAUAGUAUAGAUUUCAGGAGCAAACCCUCAAACAAACAAACAAACAAACAAACAAACAGUAGGCUAUUUUAUUCUGUCACACGGCCUUGCAUUGCAUGUAAAUGUAAAAAUACAUGUAAAAAAAAAAAAAAAAUUGUAAAAAUUGUCCAGAGCUCUGCUUGGAAAAUAUAAAGGCCAUGCCUCUUAGAACUUUAAUUGAAUACCCCUGACUUAUAUCAUAAAGAUGUUUUGUAAUAUUACCUUGUGUGUCAUGGUAGAUUGGACUCUUAUUAAAGAUUUUGAUUACAGUAAAACUGUUUUGAAAAUAGGUAAUGGAUUAAAACAUAAUAGGCUGGAUGUAUAUUAACCUUACAUCUUAACUUACUUUUUUUUUUUUUUUUUUAAAAAGCAGAUCAUAGAUCAUAUAUUUUGUCUGUAGCCUAUAAAACAGAUUUGUAAAUAGGAAGAUUAAGUACAUGAGGAUUCUGAAUGGGAUUUUUUUAGCGAGCCAUUAAAUGACUUGAGACUUGACUCGGACUCGUGACCAAACACUGGAGACUUGAUUCGGACUCCAGUGAUAAAGAGUUCAGACUUGACUCGGACUCCAAGUUAAAGACUUGUGAACAUCUCUGCUCUAUACACUGCAAAACAGACGAUGCAUACUUGAUAUGUCAGUCACAAACAUGUCAAUAAGUUGUAGCAUUUCUGUCAAGUACUCAUGUAUAAGAUAUCCUCCAUUAUAUCUGUUAAUAUCACACUGCAUUGCUGUGUUUCAUGAAGUCACACUGCCUUCCCCUCAUCUGAUGAUGAUGAUGAUGGUUUGACCCGAUGUUUUGUAGCGUGUUGAAUGUUAUAUCUGACCCAUGAGUGUUAAUGUGAUGUCUCCAGUUGGCAUGCCUUUCCCUAACCGAGCUAGACAUUUAUUGACGCAAAAUAACCCUGAUUAUAACCUUGUCUGCUGGUCUUUAUAAACAUCUGUCAUAUCACAUUUCCGUUCAAUAUGCUUCAAACUGGGAAACCGGUAGAGAGAGCUAUGAGUCCUUUAUACACUGCCUUCCUUCAAAGACAACACUCACUACGGAACUUUUCCUUUCUAGUUCUUUAGGAGGAACUUGAAACAUGUUAAAAAGCAUCAAGAAGAGCCAGCCAAAAAAAUGUUAAUAGGAGGCGAAGUGUUUCCUUUUCUUCCCAUUGUUUUUUUGUUUUUUUUGAAAGGUCCCUUUUAACUGCCAUUCUGUUAUGUGUUUGAGUUGUUUAAGAUGAAAGUAACGGAGUCCAUUUGGUUUGUGAUGAAAUAUUCGGUCUGAUGGCAUGUACAUCCUGCUAAUAUGUCAAUAUAGAGGUGUAAUUACACUCUGUAUUUCUUUUGACUUCGAAUCAUAUUGCCAAAGACAACAAUUUUAUUGAUUAAUGUAAAUACCACUUUGUCCAUUGCUACGACAAAAUCUAUUUGUUUUUGUUUUGUUUUGUUUUAUUUUUUUCUCCAACCCUACCAUCAAGUUUCUGUGAUGUAUUGUCUUCCAGUUGCAAUAAUAAAAAAAAAAAAAGUUGCAAAGGUGA